GCGGUGAGUGGCGGGGGGCUGCGGAGCGCGCGCGGGGAGCCGGGGACGCGCGGGCUGGCGCGGUCUCGGGAACUGCAGGGGACACAGCAGGGUCUGCUGUGCGCCCUGGAGUGUGCCUGGGGCGGGUACCUAAGCCCGGGGACCUCGUGGGUCCGCAGUUCUCGCCUGGGGCUAGGGAGGCCCCAGUUUGGAACUGAUCCUGUGGAACAGAUGUGAAGGGGCGCGUCACGCACCGUGCCACGCGUCCCUGGCCACCGCAUGACGAAACUUGCUGGGUGCAAGCGGCCAAGAUGGCUGCCAGGGGACUGUCUCCACGAGGAUGGGCGCGCGCAAUUGCCAGGAUCUGGGACAAUGUCUGGGGAAGUGCCACCCAACAUUAACAUCAAGGAGCCUCGAUGGGACCAGAGCACGUUCAUUGGCCGAGCCAGUCACUUCUUCACGGUUACUGAUCCCAGAAACAUCCUUUUAACGAACGAACAGCUAGAGAAUGCGAGGAAAGUGGUACACGAUUACAGGCAAGGAAUCGUUCCUGCUGGCCUCACGGAAAAUGAGUUAUGGAGAGCGAAGUACGCGUAUGACUCGGCCUUCCAUCCCGACACGGGUGAAAAGAUGACUCUGAUAGGAAGAAUGUCGGCUCAGGUCCCGAUGAACAUGACCAUCACGGGCUGCAUGAUGACCUUCUACCGGACCACACCGGCUGUGCUUUUCUGGCAGUGGAUAAACCAGUCCUUCAAUGCCGUGGUCAACUACACCAAUAGAAGUGGUGACGCUCCCCUCACUGUAAAUGAGCUGGGAACGGCUUAUGUUUCUGCAACAACCGGCGCCGUGGCGACAGCCCUUGGACUCAAUGCCCUAACCAAGCAUGUGUCGCCGCUGAUAGGACGUUUUGUUCCCUUCGCUGCUGUAGCUGCUGCUAACUGCAUUAACAUCCCGCUGAUGAGACAAAGGGAACUCAAGGUUGGUAUUCCUGUCACUGAUGAGAAUGGCACACGCUUGGGAGAAUCGACCAACGCAGCAAAGCAAGCCAUCACGCAGGUGGUCAUCUCCAGGAUCCUCAUGGCGGCCCCUGGCAUGGCCAUCCCUCCGUUUAUCAUGAACACCUUGGAGAAGAAAGCCUUUUUGAAGAGGUUCCCGUGGAUGAGCGCACCAAUUCAAGUCACACUGGUUGGCUUUUGUUUGGUGUUCGCCACCCCCCUGUGCUGUGCUCUGUUUCCUCAGAAGAGUUCCAUGUCUGUGACAAGCUUGGAGGAUGAGUUGCAAGCCAGCAUCCAAAAGAGUCAUCCUGAAUUACGGCGUGUGUACUUUAACAAGGGCCUGUGAAGCCAAGAUCAAGUGCUGGAGGCACCUCCUGCCAUCUGUGAACCUCCUGAAGCCAAGCAGUGAGGAAAUACGUGUGCUGGGCACUCCCCGCUACAAAAGCCUCUGCAAAAUCUGUGUUAGAGUCAAGCUGCCUGUCAGGAACCUGACAUUUGAAUCGUGUUGUAAUUUACAAAAAAUACCCUUCUGGUAGAUUUUAAUGAUGCUGUUUUUUCCAAAGCCCCCACCUUGAGCUUUCAAAAGCUCUGGUGGGCAUAGCAUAUAUGCUCCAGUUACACACUCAGCAAACACUGGUUAUCAAUCAUUGGAAAGGUUACCAGCUCAACUAUCACAUUCUGUUUCUACUUCUCUCCCACUGGGGUCUCAGCAAUGAAUUGGGAAAACACAAAAGGUCUAAGACAAAAUAUCCAAAUUUAAAUACUAAGGAAACUAUAUCUCCAGUUUGGCAAUGGACCAGUCCAAAGUAGAACCUCAAUUAAAAAAAUUGAGGUUCAGAGCAUAAACACUCCAUACACCUUCCUGAAGUCAGCCAUAGACCAGGGUAGGAUGCCUUCCCUGCCAUCCUGGAUUCUUCAACUCUUCAAUGUGUUUAGUGUUCUUAAAAUAUUAAUUGUACCUCACAGGUACUUUAUAAUCAUGAAUUUCCAUCAAAUACUUAACUGAAAUGGUCUAUUCAGUACCAGUACAAUGUGACAUUGACUGGGUGACCGGUUUUUCAGAAGUGAAACCAUAGUCCCUAUAUGCCUUUUUCCCCCCAUCCUUGUAGAAUUUCUUUGGCUUUCAGGAAGAUAUACAGAAACCACACAAACUAGUCCAGCAACUGUGCACAUUGUGCUGCGUUCCACCCUGUUUGAAGACCAUGAAGUCUUGUGGCAUGUCAACAUUUCUAUGGUGAUUUUUACAUGUGACAUAUUGGGUGUAGCUGAGGUUGCUUUGGAAGUCUGUGGCUAUUCCACGUCAUAGACAAGCCACUUGUUAUGCUGAGUGAAAAAUCAUUGUUAAUUCAGAUAUUUGUACGUGGAAAAAAACCCCACAAAAAUAGAGACUAUCUAGUUUCUGUAGAUUCUUUUUCCCAAUGUUUCCAGAUUGAAUUUCCUCAUAAAGAAAAUAUGGUGUGCCUUGUGUCUGUGCUUCUCCUUCCUCUGAAAGGAUGGAUGGAUCUGAAGCCCUCAGCCCUCCCCCAUGCUGCUAGAAUCUUCUGUGGCGAUGACCGCCAAACCACCUGAAAUGCAGUGGCUCCCUGUGGCACUCUGGCCUCGGACGAGCCUCACUGCCUUCAGUGCUUCUGUUUUAAACGGUGGUGAGAGCCUGGAGCUCAAGGCAGAGUCCACAGGUGCUUAAAGAACACUUUCAGAAGAAGCUGAAGGCCUCGAGGUCUGUUCACCCAGCCAAUCUCAGAGUCCUUGCCCCAGUGCGUGUGUAGCUCUGAGAAUGUGAAGACUCAGUUGGAAGAUGGACCAACUCACCAAGUGUCGGCCCAGUUAGUGAGAAACGCGCAGUAGACAUGGAGCUGGGCUCUUUUGAAUUUGUUUUGUGAAGUGUCGGCCUCUUACUGCUUUUGUAUAGUGAUACUCACUGUGUGGUUUAAUCAUGAUUUAUAAAAAAAAAAAAAGAACAAAUGAAUGAAAAUUGGCAAUCUUUGCUGAUCUUCUACACUUGAUCUUAGCCAAAAGGCCGAGAAGCGAUUGUUUGCUGAUCUUCUAAAAAUACUUUUUUUUUCCUGAAGAAAAAAGCCACAUGAAGUGCAAUAAUGUUGUGCGGUGACUUGUUGAUAGUUCUCUGACGAGAGAUAGUUAUGUGUGUGUGACUGGCUGGCAGAUAUCAGUAUUAGCGAGGUCUCUUGCCAAUAUCAGAGUCAGUGUGUCAUUUCAGUUUAACUGGAUGAACUGUCAAAUAAAUGCAGAAUGAAAAUAAACGACUCUUAUUUGUCCGUGAA